AUGAAGCUCCUGCUGGUCGUGACUCUCACUACCGAGGAAGCACGGGACAAUAUCUUUGGAAGGCUAUUCAGGUUUGUGGCCUCAGCAGCUGCUCCACUGUACUUCGAGGAAGUUAAAGUAGACCAGUAUCUUCUACAAGACGGAGGGGUCAUUGCAAACAAUCCAACUGCUAUUGGCGUUCAUGAAGCGAAACUUCUUUGGCCUGAGGAACGGCUACAUUGUGUUGUGUCUAUUGGAAAUGGCCGAUCGGUGUGUGAUCUUGAACAAGAACAGUCAAUGACACCGUCUGCACUGAGCUCGCUGCAGAAAUUCAACCGUAUCGUUGAUAGCGCUACAAAUACGGAAGUUGUUCAUAUGUGUAUGCAUGAUUUGUUGGACCAGAAUGUUUACUUCAGAUUGAAUCCAUACAUGUCAUUCCCUUAUGGGCUUGAUGAGAUCGAUCCAAAAAAACUUGAUCAGAUGCAAAAGGAUGCGAAGUUGUAUGUUAGGCGAAACAUGUCGAAAAUUGAAGAUGCAGCGGCCAGACUGCUCCAGGUUGAUCAAUUAAAUAAACUUUCUUCUUCGAUUUUUUAUAAACCUUACAUAAUCUUUCUAUGA